AUGCUGGAUCGGCUGCUUGUGCUCGUCCUGGUCGCCUCCACAGUUCAGGCCAAAAAGAAUGAAGAUCCCGAAUGUAAGAUGACUACGCCACAAAUAAUCGAGCAUUGGGGUUAUCCGGCCGAAAUUCACACCGUCACCACCGAGGAUGGAUACAUCUUGGAGUUGCAUAGGAAUUCCAUAUGGAAGAAA